AUGGCGAGCAGAUUGUCCCGAAGCGGGGCUUUGGCCUCAGCUUUACGACCCGUGAAGGCCUCCCGGGGCGACCAGGCCGUCCGCUGCCUCUCCGUCAGUGCCGCUCAAUUUGUCGCAAUUGGCAAGGACUCUCCGAACAUGCGAAAAGCCCCCCGCGACCAUAUCGGAACUCUCAAAGCGCCAAUUGUCAACCCAGCCGACAAGUAUCAAAGCAAGGCGGAUAACCUCCACCGAUAUGGCGCGUGGCUGAUGGGUUGCCUUCCUAAAUAUGUCCAGCAGUUCUCGGUCUGGAAGGACGAGCUCACGAUCUACAUCUCGCCUUCAGGCGUCAUCCCGGUGUUUUCUUUCCUGAAAUACAACACCGCUGCCGAGUUCACACAAGUUAGCGCUGUCACAGCUGCCGACUUCCCGACUCGGGACAACCGAUUCGAAAUUGUCUACAACCUUCUUUCUGUUCGGCACAACUCUAGAAUCCGAGUCAAGACAUACGCCGACGAGGCUACUCCCGUCCCUAGCAUCACCAGCUUGUUUGGCGGUGCCAAUUGGUACGAGCGUGAAGUAUAUGACAUGUUUGGUGUCUUCUUCGCCGGUCACCCGGAUCUCCGCCGCAUCAUGACAGACUAUGGCUUUGAAGGCCACCCCCUGCGCAAGGACUUCCCUCUUACCGGCUACACCGAGGUUCGCUACGAUGAGGAGAAGAAACGUAUCGUCACCGAACCGUUGGAACUCACCCAGGCUUUCCGAAACUUCGAGGGCGGCUCUAGUGUUUGGGAACAGGUUGGGCCAGGUGAGACCCGGACACCCGAGUCGUUCAAAUUGCCCACACCAAAGCCAGAGGAGAAGAAGGAGGAGGCUAAGAAGUAG